AAGAAUAGAAAUGUACACUCUUUUUUUGACUGUCACCAAAAUGAGUUUCGGCAUCUCCAAAGCCGCUCUCUGGAGAAAACCCUAAAGAUUCUUCCCCUUCUUAAUAAAAACCAAACAAAGACUAAUCUUUCUAUCGCUUUGGGUUUGAAGAUCUGAUUUAAUAUUUUCUCAUCUCAAUAUCUGCCCCAUAAAUCUCUCAGCAUUUCCCCAGAUUUAGAAUCUGCUAAAGUUUUGUCCUUUCAAUCCGAGUAAGUAUAUUUUGAGAAAAUAGCUGAGAUAUUCAGAUAAUCUUCUGGGUAUAUUAAAGUAGCUGAAAUUGAUUGAUUGCCUGAAAUGAGUGAUAACAAUUCACCACCUGGGUCACCCAAAGGAAACCCAGAUCAGAAUUCUGAGGCUAGCCAAUUGCCCAAAGAUGAUAGUUCGCUUGAAACCAUAGUUCGAAGGUUUCAGGAUUCCAUGUCCUUAGCAAAGAAACACAAGUUUUGGGAAACUCAGCCUGUUGGUCAAUUUAAGGAUGUUGGGGACACAAGUUUCCCUGAGGGCCCAAUCGAGCCUGCGACCCCAUUGUCUGAAGUCAAACAGGAACCUUAUAACCUUCCGAGUCCUUAUGAAUGGACCACUUGUGAUAUGGAUUCAGAAGAGACUUGUACUGAGGUUUACAAUCUUUUGAAGAACAAUUAUGUCGAGGAUGAUGAGAAUAUGUUUAGGUUCAAUUAUUCCAAGGAGUUUCUUAGGUGGGCUUUGCGGCCCCCUGGUUAUUAUAAGAGCUGGCACCUUGGGGUCCGUGCUAAGGCUUCAAAGAAGCUUGUUGCUUUCAUUACUGGUGUCCCUGCAAGAAUAAGGGUGCGUGAUGAAGUUGUGAAGAUGGCAGAGAUCAAUUUCUUGUGUGUUCAUAAGAAGCUGAGAUCAAAGAGACUUGCACCUGUGAUGAUUAAGGAGGUUACCAGGAGAGUUCAUUUGGAGAAUAUUUGGCAGGCAGCUUAUACAGCUGGAGUUGUUCUUCCGACACCAAUUACUACUUGCCAGUACUGGCAUAGGUCAUUGAACCCCAAGAAGCUUAUUGAUGUUGGCUUUUCUAGGCUUGGGGCUAGGAUGACAAUGAGCCGAACCAUUAAACUCUACAAGUUACCUGAUUCUCCUGCUACCCCUGGAUUCAGAAAGAUGGAGCUUCGUGAUGUCCCUGCCGUCACUAGGUUGCUCAGAAACUACUUGAGCCAGUUCGCUGUUGCUCCAGAUUUUGAUGAGAAUGAUGUGGAGCACUGGCUUCUUCCUACUGAGGAUGUCAUAGAUAGUUACUUGGUUGAGAGCCCAGAGACGCAUGACAUAACUGACUUCUGCAGCUUCUACACUCUUCCUUCGUCUAUUCUUGGCAACCAGAACUAUUCAAUUUUGAAAGCUGCCUACUCUUACUAUAACGUCUCCACUAAGACUCCAUUGCUUCAGUUGAUGAAUGAUGCUCUUAUUGUUGCUAAGCAGAAGGAUUUUGAUGUUUUCAAUGCACUGGAUGUCAUGCAUAACGAGUCUUUCCUCAAAGAAUUGAAAUUUGGGCCAGGUGAUGGGCAACUUCACUACUACCUCUAUAAUUAUCGGAUACGAAGUGCCUUGAGACCAUCUGAGCUUGGUCUUGUACUCUUAUAGGUUGGUUCUGCAGUUUUGAUUCCAAUUUAGGUUUGGAUUGCAUCAUAUUUAUUGUUCCACUGCAUCCGCCGCUAGGGAUGGGGUUGGCAGUGCAUGCAAGAGCAGCCUUUAUUGUGUUACUGAGCCUUAAUUGCUUAGGAAAUACAAUAUUGCUGACAUCGCAGAUUGUUCUAUGGACACAAAUAAUGUUGAGAUUUUGCAUGUGGUUUAUUCUCAGUCUUUAUAAUGCUCUUGCAGUUUUUCGUUGCC